AUGUUGCUUGAUGAGACGGCAGAGGAAACGAUUGGACUACGGGACUCUGAAAUGACAGAAAUGGACAUAAGAGAGAUACCACCUUCCACUUCGACGUCGAAUAUCUCUGCUGCAGGUGUAUGUGAUGCUAAGCCAUCACCGUCGUCCACGUCGGAUUCUAACGUUGUCAGAGUGGUUAGCGAAAGCUCACCUCCAGAAACCUCAACCGUGGCCGAACAUCCGCAACGGUUAUCUGGUCGUAAGUGGAAACACCAUCCUGGAAGGAAUAGUGCUCCAUUCCUUUAUUUUGAAGUGUCGCCUGUGCUACCAGGGUUGGCUGCAUUUCUGUCCCUCAUAAUGAUGAUCAGCUUAUUGAAGACGUCAUUCAGUGAUCCAGGAAUUAUCCCAAGAGCCUCUGACAUGGAGGUUGCAGAGCGAUCUAGGCAAUACUUUCAUGAAAUAAUUUCUAAUCCUGAUUAUAAUCCGAAUUCAAAUAUCCUUCCUGAUCAACCGAGAAUGAAGCAGGUGAUAAUAAAUGGCCAAGUGGUGAGGUUGAAAUACUGUUUUACUUGUCGUUUUUUCCGUCCACCACGCAGCUCUCAUUGCUCAGUAUGUGAUAACUGUGUACUGAAUUUCGACCACCACUGUCCAUGGGUCGGUAAUUGUAUCGGACAGAGGAACUACCGCCAUUUUUAUUUUUUCAUCGUUUUUCUGGCAAUGCUUAUAGUUUGCAUUUUUGGGUGUUCACUUGCUCACCUGAUGAUAUUAUCACGAACGGACCAGUUUCUCAGCGCAAUCAAGGGAACGUUCAACAAUAAACGAAUGUCACAACAAGUUAUCAAUCCGUACGCAUUUAAGUCAAUUUUCCGAAAUUGUUGUUGGAGGCUUUGUAUGGCGGAAUCACCGAGUUUGCUCGAUAGUCGAGGUGCGAUCAGUUCUGAUCCUGUGUUUCGGAUACGUCUACCAACAAGUGGAUAUGUUAACGAAGUGUCGGACGAGACGAAGUAA